UUGUGUUUUCUCCCUUUCAAAGCCAUCUCAUGGUUAACUCUUGUUGUCAAGUAUGCUUAAAAAUAGUUUCGCUUAAUUUAAAUGGCGUGUUUAGGAAACAUGGUUCACCCGCGUGCCACAAUUCUGGAAAAUUUCCCCUCUCUUACGGCCCAGAUCCUUUAAUUAACGCUCCUCACUCGUAUGACCCCAUUCCACCAUGUUCCUCAAGCUCUGUUGAUUUAUACCUUAAUUCGCAUAAGCCCCCAGUUCUUUCUAGGAUCCCUAUAGCCGCCCGAGAGUCUAUCUCUAGGUUCCUCAUGUCACUUAUAAAUAAUUUGAAUUCGGAUUUCUCCUCACUACCCUUAUGGUUAGACCUGGUUAGUUUUUGUUUUCGAGUCCUAGUUAAACCCAAAAAUAAAAUAAAUAACUUAUCUGCCUUAAUUAAGGAAAAAGUUUCCAAUUUUGAAAAUACAAUUAUCGAUGAAUUUUCUCCUUCGUACGCUUUAAACCCCAACUCCUUCCGUCACAAAUUGAUCUCCGAAAAAUUAGAUCUUGGAGAUAUUAGCGGUGCGGACCGAAUAUUGUCUUCCGAUGACUCUAUUUCUCCUAUCAACGUUACCAUAUUUAAACAACUUCUUGAAAAACAUCCACGAGCGUCCCCUUUUAACAUCCACCCGCAUGCCUCCUCCCCUAUUCCCUUUACCUGUGACGAAGUACUUAAGUGCUUAAAGUCCUUUAAAAAAGGGACGACAGGGGGGUUGGACGGCUUCAGACCUGGUUUCUUUGUGGAGUUAAUUCAAUGCCCUGAUAGUGGCUUCAUUGACCCUUUGUUGAAAGCAUUAACCGAACUGUGCAAUAAUAUCCUCAUACGCGAAGUUCCCCUUUGCAUUCGUCCUAUUAUUUUUGGCGCCCGUCUUGUCUCCUUGACCAAACCGGAUGGAGGCGUUAGACCCAUAGCCAUAGGGUCAUUCUUUCGUCGCUUAGUCGCCAAGGCUAUCGUAAAUAGGAUUCGGCCUAAGGCUAGUUCCUUCUUAUUUCCUUCACAGUUAGGAUUUGGAGUGAGAGGUGGGUGUGAAGUGGCCUCACAUGUUGCGCGUAUUUUUAUAAAUACUGAGGCCGAUAAGGUUUUCUGCAAGUUAGACUUCAGAAAUGCCUUCAACACCAUCCAUAGGAGGGCAUUCUUACCAUCUUUUUUACACCAUUUCCCAAAAUAUGGGAAUUUCCUUAAUUCCUGUUAUGGAUUCCCUUCGUUACUCAAAUUCGGGGAAUUUUCAGGCCCCCUGCUCUUUACUAUAGGGAUUCAUGAUUUGAUCAAAAAUUUAAAGACUAAUUUCCAAUUAGACCUUAAUUUAUGGUAUCUCGACGAUGGCUCUUUUGGCGGUUCUUUAUCCAAUGUUAUGUCGGCCAUAGAGUACGUUGAAAUGGAAGCUUCGAAAAUUGGUCUUUCCCUAAAUAGGAAAAAGUGUGAAAUUUCCUCCCUCAACAAUAAGGAUUUUAUUCCUCCCUUAGAUUUUACAAUCAUUCCGCAUGAGGAACUCUGUCUUUUAGGUUCCCCUAUUGGUUUUUCAAUCUCCUUUUGUCAAAAAACUUUUGACGAUUUGAUCCAUUCCCUUUCCAAUUCACUCAAGAAUCUUCCUCAUCUCCCCAAACAUCAGUUCUUCUUUCUCACCAAAAAAUGUCUUUUUCUACCUAAAUUCUUACAUUUAUUUAAAUCUUCCCCCGUUUUCCAGUACAAUACUCUCCUUAAGGUCUUCGAAUUAAAAUUUAAACAUUUUAUCGAAUCCCUUUUAGGCUUAAAUUUUUCCGAUUUCAAUUGGUCCCUCGCCUCUAUGCCCGCUUACCAGGGUGGACUUGGAUUGUUACCCCCCUUCCUUAUGGCAAUUGCGUGUUUUCUUUCAUCUCGAAUAUCCUUCGCCGAUUCUAUUUCCUCGCUUAUCGAGUUGGAUCCCCUUCUAUCUUCAGCUAAACAAGAGUGGCUUACUCUAAUCACCCAAGGCUCCGAGCAGCCAAUUUCCUGCCAUCUAAAGAGCUUCCUGGUCCCUAUGCUAUCAAUGCUCAAACGCAAAAAAAACUCUAACGGCCAUGAAUGGCUAGACGCGAUUCCGAGUGGUAAAAAGGAAACGUUACUCACAGACGAUGAGUUUCAAACUGCCAUUGGCCAUAGGCUUGGUUGCCUUAUCCCUUCUGUGGACACCUGUGCCGCCUGUCACAAACAGGUUGAUCCAGACAUUGUUUCUCGUGCCUCAAAGUUAAUCGGCAAAGCCUUGAUUUCGGCCGGUUUCCCCAAUAGCUUGGAGCCAUUGGGGCUCCUAAAUGCUGACGGUAAGCGCCCUGACGGCAUGUCUUUAACGUCUUGGCACGGCGGCAAAAGACUUGUCUGGGACGUCUCUUGUGUUACCUCCUUUCCGGCUAACGGAAAUACCGACCCCUUGGAACUACAAGAAACCAAUAAAUGCAUUUUAGCAAUGCAAUUAAACAAUGCAGUAUUUAGUCAUACCCGUCGUUCAUCAGAUGAUCAAACGGGUUCUCCGGUGACAUCCUUGCCCAUUAAAGAUAUUGGAAAAUUGGAGAAUUAUGAAGAAUUUGAGUUGGAAAAUUGUUCUAAAAAAUUAUUCUCUUAUGAGGGUUCUCCUAUCACAGUCGUUGGUCAGGUCUCAAAUAUUAAGGUUAAAUAUUUGAAUACAAUUAAAUAUUUAAAUUUGUAUGUAUUGGAUGGAGAGGGACCACCGCUAUGUGGUCAAGACUGGAUUAAAGAAUUUGACAUAAUCAAAUUCAACGUUGAUUUAAACACUAUUAAUAAGAAUGAGAUAGGAGAUAGGCCAAAAUUUGUGAUAGCCAGGAGAGUGUCCUUCGAGUUAGAAGAAGAAUUAGAAAACACUAUGGAGCAAUGGCGCCAGCAGGGAGUAAUUAAGCCUGUCAGAUUUUCACAAUGGGCCACUCCAUUAGUGGGUAAGAAAUUUUGUUGGGGAAUCAAUGAAAGAACUAGUUUUUACGAAAUUAGAGAAAAAUUGUGUAAUGCACCAAUUCUUGCACAUUAUGAUAGAAAUAAGGAAUUGUUUAUUUCAACGGAUGCGUCCAAUAAAGGCAUGGGUGCAGUCUUAUUUCAGGUAGAAGAAGAUGGUUUAGAAAGGCCAAUUGAGUUUAUGUCUAAGGCAUGGGCUGGAGCUGAAAAAAGAUAUUCAAUUAUUGAAAAAGAAGGAUUGUCUGUUGUUGGCAGUAAAAAAAUGGAAAGAAUAUGUAGUAGGUAG